ACCGCACAUUGCGCAUCUAAACAUUAUUUAUUUAUGGAGCGUCAAACCCCUUUUUAUUUUGGAUAAUUUGCAAGCGCUAAAGGUUUUAAAAAAAAAUUAAAAUACUAAAAGAGGGGAAAAGAUCAGGCGGAGAGCAGCUCACCACUUUUGAUCUUCAGGAGAGACAGAGAGAUGCAGAAUCAGAAUCAGAAUCAGGAGGGGCAAUUAGCGGAUGGCCAAACAGCUUCUGAAUUUGAAGAUUGGGCAAGUUUUGGGGACGAUGAUAUUAUGCAACAACACUCAGCAAUUCGCUCCGCUGAAGCCGAUAAAAUUCCUUUUCUCGGUGACAAGGAGCCUCUUUCUGCGUUAGCCGCUGAAUAUGAAUCAGGGAGCCCUAUUUUGCUCGAGAAGAUAAAGGUCCUUGGCGACCAGUAUGUUGCUAUUAGGCGAACGCGCGGAGAUGGCAAUUGCUUCUUUCGAAGCUUUAUGUUUUCAUACCUCGAGCACAUUUUGGAGACACAGGAUCGGGCAGAAGUUGAUCAAAUUAAAGCGAAGGUGGAAGAAUGUAGGAAAACGCUUCAGAGUUUGGGUUAUGCUGACUUUACCUUUGAGGAUUUUUUUGCGCUAUUCCUGGAGCAGCUGGACUGUGUUCUUCAAGGAAAUGAUUCUUCAAUAAGUCACGAUGAGCUCAUAAAUAGGAGUCGUGAUCAAUCAAUAUCAGAUUAUGUUGUCAUGUUUUUCAGAUUUGUUACUUCUGGGGAAAUACGGAAACGCUCCGAGUUUUUUGAACCCUUCAUAUUGGGGUUAACAAAUGCAACUGUAGAACAGUUUUGCAAGUCAUCUGUGGAACCUAUGGGUGAAGAGAGCGACCAUGUGCACAUUACUGCCCUAUCAGAUGCCUUGGGUGUGCCAAUUCGUGUUGUAUACCUUGACCGCAGUUCUUGUGAUACAGGCAGUGUUAGUGUAAAUCAUCAUGAUUUCAUUCCUGCUGCUGAUGAUCUCCCAAAUUCUACUAGUGGUGGUUCAGUGACCAAGAAUCCCUUCAUUACUUUGCUUUAUCGUCCAGGUCACUAUGAUAUUCUCUACGCAAAGUGAUUCCUUGCCCACUCUGACUGUUAAUUGAUUCUGGCAAAUGGUGGGGCUAUGAAGGUAAUAAGUGACUCAUGGCAGGAACUCUAGUGUUGUAAGGCAAAGAACUAAGCUCAUUUGCUUUAUGCUUUAGCUUGUGAAAAAUGUUCAAAUGCUUCUAAACCCUGUGAGUGGGGAUAUAAAUGCAAGGUUUCUAGAAAAGCUGGGAACAAUCAUCAGUUUCAAUUCA